UAAAAUAAUAAUGGAACAAUGAAUUAUAAAAAAUGUAUAAAUACAUGUUUACUUCUAACAAUACAAAUGAAUGGUAUAAUACAAACAAAGCAUAUACAUAAACAAGACGAACUGUUCACAUGCUCAUAAUACAGCGAAAGUAUUUAAAUAACAAUUACGUUUAUGCAAAGUAUGAGUGCUACUUAUAUCUAUUAAAAUGAAUCGUCAUAAUUUAGAAAUAUUUUUUCAUAUGAAAAAUCAUUAUAAAAAGUUAAAAGCUGUGAAAUGUGUUGUAGAUACUGGAAGAUCUCGAUUAGAGCAACACCGUUCCAAGAAUGCAGUUUUGAGAGGCUUUCAAAAAAAGAAGCGUGCAAUUAAGGGUAGUAGAUGUAACAGAGCAAGAACCCUCAGUGACCCCCGGCCACAGACAAGACGAAAUUUGUCAGAUGUGCCUACUUCUCAGCAAAACAGAAGCCUAUCAACAAAAAGAUGGAUGUAUAACAGUGACAUAAAGAAAAAGAGUAAACAGUUAUCUAGUCGAAUUGGGUCUUCCGCAUCUGAACAGAAGGAAAUUGGUAAUAUAGAAUCAGAUUCACUGAACAACACGGACAAUGAAGAUUUUGAAAUGAAAAGGAUAAAUCCUGCACCUGAAGAAAUAACACCAUCAGUUAUUCCCAAAUCAGAAACUUAUGACUAUAUUCCAGGAGAAACUAUUACCAAUAUUACGACGUGUGUGGAGAAAGUUGUAGAAGAUAAGAAUUAUACAUGCAUAAAUGAGCAUGAAUAUUCACAAUUUUUGUUGCGCAUUACUGAAGACAUAAUUAGGAAUGAAUGUUACACAAUGGAGAUGAUACUGAACGUGUUUAAAAGUCACAUUGAAGCAAAUAAGUCGCAACUCGAUUUGGGCAAAAUGUUGUCAAUGAUCAAACAACUGUGUUCUGAAAUUAACUUUCCCCUUGAAGUCAAGCAAAUAGAAGAUUUCAAAGAAAAUGAACAAUGUAGAGUUUGCUGUGAUUAUUCGUGUGAAAAUAUGAGUUCAAAGUGUACUGUUGAAGAACCUGAGAAUGUACAAGGGACAAUAUUUGAGAAAUGUAAAGCCAUUGACGCAUUGCCGCAAAAUCAAGAGAAGGUUGAUACUGUUAAUGAAAUAAAGUCACCCGACGUGCCAAUUGAUAACGGGCAAACAAAAAGCCCAAAGUGUUUAUUGUCAGAAAAACUACGAAGAUGUAUCGAAAAUGAUGGGGAAACGACUCCAAAAAUGAAAAAGGAACCAGAGGAAAUUAACCGAAGUUUGAGACAUAAAAACGAGGAAAAAUGCGGAGAAAUGACGAUAACGACUUAUGAACUGAAUAAGGAAAAGAUUGAUUGUGAACCUGAACAGAAAUGGAACAAAGAUGAAAGCGCGUUGCCAGUCCAUUAUGUCAAUCAACUUGAAAAUUGUUUGAAGCAAAUGAAGGUAUAUUUUACACAAAUUAGUCAAGCAAAUGUUGGUCAACCACAAACUCCAGCAAUUUGUAAUGCUCCCCAAGUUCCUAUGCAUUACCCCGACAAAUGCAUCAAAAAUAAUUUUCAUCAAAGAGAGCAGUGCCUCGGAACGUACAACUAUGCCGCAUCUCCGGCAAAACAUUAUUGCAAACGCUGUCAAAUGUGUUUUCGUCAAAAAACUGGUAACAAGAAUGAACUACCAACUACUUACCCCUUUGGCUUGUCAUAUGAGUGCCACAAAAAUCCCGUAAAAAAUGACGUUGAAUCAAAACGAGUUAUGUUUUGUAACUUGUCUUCUGCGUGUUCAAGCGAUAUCAGUUGUAAUGAGAACCCAGAAGAGGUCGUAGAAGUUAUAAAAUUACCAAAUAAAGCAUUCGUUGACGAGUCAUGCUUCGAUAAGAAUUCAAUUCACUUAAGUCCCUCAAAUAACACAACGUGUGAUUUAUCCUUAGACACAAAUAAAACUCAAUGUAAGGGAAUGGAAAUACAAAUAGGGGUGGUCGAUGAAACUAAAAAUACUGUUAAAGAGAAAAAUCAACCAGUGCAACAACGAGCAGUAGGUAUUCAAUGGGGAAAGUGUUCUUGUUUGAACAACAAAGGCAAUCAAACAGGUAAUUUCUGUUCUGGUACUACAGAAUCUUCGCCAUCUAAAAUAGUUCCAAAAUCAAUUGAUGCCAGUACCCAGUAUGCAAAAACUGAAAGAGGUUGUCCUAGUAGUAGUGAAUAUUACAAGAAAAAAUCAGCAAAGGAAUGCCCAGAAAAAGUUGACGCAUCUGUUCAGUAUGAAAAAGAGGCAAAUACAUGUAAAAAGACGAAAACUGUCAUAGCAAAAAACGAUAUUGAAAAUUUAAAUUCGCACAAGGAGAGAUCUAAAAUUUGUCGAGAGCCAUCAGAAAAUAACGGAUGGAACUCAAAAAUAGUUGAAUAUAAAUUGCUGUUGCAAGAUCUUUUUAGAAAAUGCGAAACUCAAUGCGCAGAUGCUGAUACAAAUCUCAUUAAGGAUGUGAAAGAAAAUGUGAAAACUAAAAUCAGUAGAUGUAAAAAAAAUAAUGAAAAUGAUAUAACAGAUAAAGACUCCUACAAAAUAAAUGAGUAUAAAUCGAUGCUACAAGAUCUAUUUCAAAAAUGUUAUGUUAGUACUCAAGAUCAGGCUCCUAUGGGUAAAGUAGAUCAAGCAACAAAUGCUCUGCCUGAACUACUUUUAGAGAACUAUGAAAUUAAAGCACGUCAAAAAAGUACAGUCCCUACAAAAUCGUAUUGUCCAUCAAAAGCUAUAAAGGAGGAUGAAAUUUUUAUAAGUCCCGCUUAUGAAAAUUGGUCUGUAUCCGCCAAGGACGCCAAAUUUAGUCGUGAAGUUGCACACCAGUAUCCGCAAAUAAAAGAGGACUUUCAUGUUACUGUCAUGCAUGAUGCUUUCACGUCCAUGUCCAAUAAAGAAUUAUUUACCUCGCCUUACUGCAACUCUCUCAAUCGUAUUUGUGACAAGGGGGAAAACUUCCUACUUGACAGAACAUAUGAGAAAAGUAAUCGCAAAGAAAACACAGUUUUACCCUUAACAUUGGCCGCCUUCUUUCCUAAUGCUGAAACUCAAACAACGGAUAUCGACAGACAUUUGGCUGCACGGCUGAUAAUGAGCGUUCAAGAGCCUACCAAAGACGAGGUACCAAAAAAAGGGAAUUAUGAUAUUUCUCAGAGGAUAUCGGUAGGAAAUGUAGAAGAAGUAUCGCAAAAGGGAGACGAGGUGCAAAAUAGGGCAGUAGAAAAAUCUUUUCAUUCUGCGAUGAAACUGAAAAAAGAAUCACAGAAACUUGAAAAUAAAGACAGAAAAAAAAAUUUAAAUGUAGGCAGUAAAACGGUGUCAGUAGGCAAUACUGUAGAAGUACCAUUCACCUUUGAAAAUAAUAUAAAAGGGUAUCGUAGCGAGCCUUUGCCUGUAGAUAAUGUUCCGGAAGAUUCAAUACCAGAAAAUAGCCAAGGUGCCAAUAACGUUGAUGAAGACUUAAAAGAUAACAAUGGCGGCUCUGAAGAGAUUGAAGUAGAAAACGUAGAUGAAGAGGAUUGGAAUGAAAUGGAAGAUAUAAAUGAGCCGCAUUUGUCGGAAUUAUUAGAGUUGAAAGGUGAGAGAUCUCGAAAAUCAAGUGGGGCAAGUACAAAUAAAGAAAUCGAAAAAGAAGAUGAACCAAUUUUAUCCGACGAGUCUGAUUACAAUUGUUGCGGCAGAAAGAAAAUUUAUACUUCUGACAUGACUUCACGAAACGACAGAACAAGUACUAGAGGAAGCAUAUGGAGCUCGGAUAAACAGACAGUCGCAACUGAUGCAAAUGCAAGUCCCAAAAAUACUGAAAUGCUACAAAUAACACGUGACGUCGAUAAACAAGAAACGUUGAAAAAAAGCGAUAAGCGAUUGGCAGAUAGAAAUAUAGAUAUAGAGUUAAUCAAGAAACGGUUUGAUCGCAGUUCUUUAUUCGUUUCGAAUGAUUUUCGUACAGAGCAAACUAUGAGGAAGACUCUCAGUGAUAAGGGUGCGAAAGAUAGAACAAGGGCUAAGAGCUAUUACGUUGACGAAGAAAAUCUGGAAGUGAUCACAACGCGAUCCAAGAAACGCAAUACAUUAAUGCUCCCCCAGGAUGAAAAUGUUUCUAUUGAUAGUUAGCAUAACAAAAGCUGAGUUUCUACCUUCCGUUUCUUAUGCUUUUCGGUACACAAAUAAAAAUAAAAUUAUUAAAGAUGAAAUAUAUAUAUGUGUCCGAUAAAUACAGUCAUUUUUUAUUGUUAAAACUUUUUGUACAAUAAUUCAAUAGUAUUAUCAUUACUUCAGUGAAAAUUGACUGUAAGCCGUGGUGGAGUUCUACUAGCCAAAGGUAAAUUUACAUACGCACACAUAAUAAAUAAAACUAGUAACAAUAUA